AUGGUUUCUCCGACAAGAUCCCUGCUGCUCGCGCUUCUGACGCUGAGUGGUCUGGAUAUCACCGCAGCUGAGAGCGCAGCCGAGGCGCAAGACUUGCGGGCUCGGCACUACCUUGAGGGUCGCGCAAGUUCAUCAGCCGAGAGCUCUAGCUCUGUUGAGACCACUGCCACUCAAGCCUCCUCUGUGGCAUCCAACUCUACUACUGAGGCGGCCUCUUCCAAGGCCAUCAUCUCUGCAUCCCAGGACGCCGCCUCCACUACUACUCCUGGCGCAUCGGGUCUGGUGGUGCCAUCGUCAGCUACUGCGUCUGGCUCGGCUACUGUCCCCGUUUCCACCGCGUCAGGCUCUGUCACUGCCUCUGAAUCUGCCACUGCCCCAACUUCGACCGCUUUGGCGGGCUCGACAACUGUUUCCGGCUCGGUGAUUGCUUCUGAAUCCGCCAUCUCAUCUGGUUCCGCGACUGUGUCUAGCUCAGCUCCUACGGCUACUUCGACCGUCUCGGUUCCUGGCUUGGUCAUUUCGUCUGAAUCUGCCGCAUCUGUUGUCGUCGUGGGAUCGAGCUCGGUGACUGCCACGAGUGCCAGCGCCUCUGUGGAGCCAGCACUCCUCAGUUUGAGCAUGAGCUUGCCCACCAUUCCUGUCAGUGUUCCUUUGGUCACUCCCACUUCUUUGUUGGGAUCCACCGCAUCGGAUCUGACAUCGGUGGCCUCUGCCGUCCCCACCAGCGGUGCUGUGGGUCUUAGCAGUACCGGCUUGGACCUGACAUCCGGCGCUUCCAUCGUUCCGACCAGCGGGGCUACUUCUGAUGCCUCCAGCGCUGCAAUUGGCCUGGGGCCCACUGCCACCACAUCCACGGCUCUCAUCGCUCCCUCCAGUGAGACUCAGAGCUUCGCACCUGGCGCCUCGACCCCUGUUAUCAGUGGCAGUGUCGCUCCCACCACCUCUACCCCCAUCUCUGCUUCUGAGACAACAUUCGAGUCGGGAUCUCCAUCGGGAACUGCUUCCGAGUCCGCCUCUUCCGCUGCGUCUGCCACUUCAACUGCUCUGAUCGCUACCAAGACCACGGAAGCUUCGGGCUCAGUCUCCGCAGCCCCGACUGUUGCCCCCUCCCCAACGACCACCAAGGCUGUUGCUGAGACCACCACUGCGCAAGCCCCCACAUCCAGCACAGCGAACGCGGAUGAUUGGAUGCCAUCCAGCAUUCUCAUUCUUCCUGGCUCAAUCUCUCCGGCUGGAGGCAUUCCCAACGAACCCAAGAACUCGACCUUGAUCCAGAUCGGAUUCAAUGGCAAGCUUCGGUACAGUUUCAUCUUCACGUACGUUCCCCAGGGUCUCGAGUACGCCCUGUCGGCCAACGGCAGCGAUGUCGUGAUGUACGACAUUCAGCCGUAUGACAACUCGGCCAGCACUGGGUACAUCGCCACUGUUGCUUUGGCUUACAUCCCGUCGGGUGACCCCAAUCAGACAGUCAAGACAUUGAUCGCCGGUGGAUCCGGCAGCAACAAGGGUAGCGAUGAUGGAGGGUAUGACCAGUCGGAUGCCGGUACGAGCAGCACGGGCACCACCAAGGCCAGCGCCGUUGGCAUUGGUGUCGGCGCUGUUGCCGGUGCUGCCGCCUAUGGUGCUGGCAUGUUCUGGGUGGCUCGUCGGUACCGCAAGAAGCGUCAACUGCACCAGCGCAGCCCCUCGGCCGUGGAUCAGAUGAGCGAGGGCCGCGGAUCCGCUGCCCUUGCUGCCGGGGGUCGUAUCUCCCGUGGCAGCCAGAACAGCCGUGGCACUGGUCGGACACAAAUGAUCAGUGCGCCUGUCAUGGCUGAAAAUUCGCUUGGAUGGAACUAG